AUGUCUCCAUCCACUAGAAACAAUGUAAGUCGUCAUGAUCCAAUUCCAGAUGUGAAAAAUCAAAUUGAUAUUCAGAUUGGUUUAGUGGGGGACGCACAAGUAGGGAAAACGUCAUUAAUGGUAAAAUAUGUGCAGAAUAUAUUUGAUAAUGAAUAUACUCAAACGUUGGGUGUAAAUUUUCUGAAAAAGAAAAUUAAAUUAAAGCAAACAGAGAUAGUAUUUUCUUUGAUGGAUCUUGGUGGGCAAAGUGAGUUUAUCAACAUGCUACCACUUGCUGCUGUCGGGUCUUCCGUGAUAAUUUUUCUUUUUGAUUUAACUAGACCAAAGACAUUAAAAUCUAUAAAGGACUGGUAUAGGCAAUCUAAAGGGUUGAAUGAUUUGGCUAUACCCAUCUUGGUAGGUACCAAGUUUGAUUUGUUUUAUACUAUGGACAUGAAAUAUCAAAAAGACAUAUCUUUAGUAGCAAUGGAAUAUUCACAAGCAAUGGACGCUCCAUUGAUUUUUUGUUCAACAGCACGAUCAAUUCAUAUUCAAAAAAUUUUCAAAAUUGCAUUAGCUAAAAUAUUUAAUUUAACAUUGACUAUAGAUGAGAUAAAAACACCAGGAGAUCCAUUAUUGAUUUAUAGUGAAAGAGCAAAUGACACUACUUUAACUAGAAAUAACAGUCACACAAAUAAUUCUUCCUCAGAUACUGCAAACCUCCGAAGAAAGACUAGCCGCAAUUAUAACAGUCAUAACAGGAAUGGCGCUAACUAUAAUAAUAUUAAUAAUGCACCUCUUUCAGCAUCACCGGUCCCCAUAAGGACCUCAUAUAAUCAUCAUCAUCCUUGA